CAGGAGCCCCCUGGCCCAGGGGAGCCAGACCCGGCUCAGCUGGUGCAAUGGUCGGUGGCCAAUCUCCCACCGGCUGUCCUCUGGCAGGAGGCCCGGCAGGGGCGGCCGCUGCCCAACCACAGCCCCCCCUGCUAUGGAAGGGGCUGAGUGGGCGUGGGGCAGCAGCACAGGCAGAGCCACCACCACCAACCCCAUGGGGACCCUCGACUGCUGCCUGCUGCUUACCCUGGUCCUGCUCAUCCCUCAGCAGGCUGCAACCAGGAAGUGUGACCUACAGGGCCUGUGGAGGAACAAGCUGGGCUCCAACAUGACCCUCUUGGUUCUGAACACAGCCGGCACCUUCUCGGGCUUCUACCACACUGCUGUGACAACCACCAACAAACAGAGCCUGGGGUCACCCCUGCAAGGGGCCCAGCAGCACCCUGGUGCCAAGAGACACCCCACCUUCGGCUUCACCGUGCACUGGCAGUUCUCAGGUACAGCAUACUCCACCACAGCCUUUGUAGGCCAGGGCUUUGUGGAUCGCUGUGGGAAGGAGACACUGGAAACCACAUGGCUCCU